GGAAGGAAGCGCUAAAAUCGACAGGUUCAGGCUCGGCAAAGUUGAACCUAAUCCGAAGCCUUGGCAGGAGAGAACGAGAGCUUCUUUCCCUGCGAACGACGUGAGUCACGUUCCAGGCUGCACGCUGCCCUGCAUACUGCACAGUACUGCUCGGUACGUGGAAGUCGCGACGUGCCAAAACGAAUCGACGUCAUCAACUGGAAGCCACGGGUCCACCUUGCAGUAAUUGCAGUGCCGACCGAGGCAGGUGCGUUGAGGUGUGCCGGGCGUCAUGAGAUUCAUUUGACACCAUCGUCCCUCACUGGAUCCUCAACUCGUGGUUCUGCUGCAAGGUGUCGCGAGCGGCCAGGCAACGGUCAACCGUUCCACAACAUGACAGUGGAGCGGUGACGGCGCUGCUUACAAGUGUCUGCGCGCACGCCAGCGAAAGACAAGAUAAGGCAAAUUAAAUCAAACAGAAGAGUCGGAGUGAGAGAGAAACAGACAGAAUGAUUGACCUCGGACUGGCUCGCAUUGGCCGGCUGCUGCAGCACACACCGCAGACGUGGAAGGCGAUCCACGUCGCCGGGACCAAUGGCAAGGGCUCGAUAUGUGCGUCGCUGUCAGCCAUGCUCAGCGCCAGCGGCGCGUCGUGCGCGCGCUUCACGUCGCCCCAUCUCGUGGAUCGCUGGGACUGCAUCACGGUCGACGAGAAGCCCGUGCCCGAGACCGUGUUCCGCGCCGCCGAGGACGUGGUCAAGCAGCGCGACAGCGACGACCGCGUCGGCGCCACCGAGUUUGAGCUCCUGACGGCCACCGCCUUUGAGAUCUUCCACCGCCACAGCGUCGAGUUCGGCGUCAUCGAGGUGGGUCUCGGCGGCAAGCUCGACGCCACAAACGCCAUGCACCACAAGGCCGUUACCGUCAUCGCCAAGAUCGGCCUCGACCACCAGUCCUUCCUCGGCACUACCCUCGACGACAUCGCCCUGCACAAGGCCGGCAUCAUGCGCCCCGGCGUGCCCUGUGUCGUCGACGCAUCCAACCAGCCGUCAGUCCGCGCCGUCAUCGAACAGCACGCGAGGGACGUCGGCGUUGAGGUGCACUACCCCAACGUGGCCAGUGUUGCCGAGUCUCUCUCAGGGGCGGGUUUCGAGCCGCACCAGAUCCAAAACCUGGCUUGCGCCCAUCUGGCCUUCCGUCUAGCACGUCCCGACCACGACAGCUCGCUGGCCGGCCUUCUCCCAGCAGUCAGACAGCUGCAGUGGCCGGGCCGGCUGCAGAUGCUCGACAUUCGCAAGAUCACGGACCGCCAGCCAAAGGUCCUCCUAGAUGGGGCCCACAACACCCAGUCCGCCGAGGUCCUGGCCGCCUACGUGCAAAAACACCUGCGCGCACAACAAGGCCAGCCCGUCACCUGGGUCCUGGCCGCGACCCAGGGCAAGGACAUGGACGGCAUCCUCGCGCUGCUGCUCCAGUCCGGAGACCGGGUGGCCGCCGUCCGCUUUGAGCCCGUAGACGGGAUGCCCUGGGUCAAAGCCACGGACCCGGCCGAGAUCCUGCAGGUGGCGGGCCGCCACGGCGCGGACCCUGCCGCCGGGCUGUACAAUGCGGGCGACAGCGUCAAGGAUGCCCUGGCCUGGGCGUCGGCGAGCGCCGCCGGUGGUCCCCUGGUCAUCGCCGGCAGUCUCUAUCUGGUCUCCAGCGUCCUGCGGCUGCUCCGGGCCUCGUAAAGGUAAUGAUAUAGGAUAAAAUAAAUAAAUAUCGGUCAGCUCAUCAGGCCGUAGAGGGGUUUCAACAGCCCUAGACGGAAUAGAAUUCGCAGUAGUUAGACGGCUGAAUAAAAGACUACGGAAUUCGUUUAUAUACUUGGAUAUAUAUCAACUAUAAUUUUAGCAAAAUCUAUUCAACUUCAUUACUCAAUUCAUCGUAAUUUAAUAUAU